GCCGCGGCCCGAAGGCUCCGGAGACGGAAAGGGCGGGAGGACGCCGCCUCAGGUGCUGGAUUUGGGGCCCUGAGCGGACGAAGUUGCAGGUAGAGUCCAGGCAAUGGAAACUGAAAAUGGGAAUCAAGGGCAGGCAACAGAAGAGGAAAAGAGUAAGAAAAAAGAAGUAGAAAAAAAGAAGAGAUCUAGAGUUAAACAAGUGCUUGCAGAUAUUGCAAAGCAAGUGGACUUCUGGUUUGGUGAUGCAAAUCUUCACAAGGAUCGAUUUCUUCGGGAACAAAUAGAAAAAUCUAGAGAUGGAUAUGUUGAUAUAUCACUUCUCGUAUCUUUUAAUAAAAUGAAAAAACUGACCACAGAUGGGAAAUUGAUAGCUAGAGCACUGAAAAGUUCAACUGUUGUAGAGUUGGAUUUGGAAGGCACUAGAAUCAGGAGGAAAAAACCUCUGGGGGAGAGACCCAAGGAUGAGGAUGAGCGGACAGUGUACGUGGAAUUACUUCCAAAAAAUGUUAACCACAGCUGGAUUGAAAAAGUGUUUGGAAAAUGUGGCAAUGUCGUCUACGUGAGUAUUCCACAUUAUAAGUCAACAGGAGAUCCGAAGGGAUUUGCCUUUGUGGAAUUUGAAACAAAAGAACAAGCUGCAAAAGCUAUUGAGUUUCUUAACAAUCCGCCGGAGGAAGCUCCAAGAAAACCUGGUAUAUUCCCUAAAACUGUGAAAAGUAAGCCGAUUCCAAGCCUCAGAGUAGCAGAAGAAAAGAAAAAGAAGAAGAAGAAGAAAGGCCGAAUUAAGAAGGAAGACAACACGCAGGCCAAAGAUUCAAAUAUGGACGUGGAUGUAAGUAAAGAGAACAUCUGUAAAGUAAGAAGAUCUAGGACCACAUCUGAAGGUUCUGAAGUAGAGGCACCUGAACCGCAAAAGGCAAAGAAAAAGAAAAAGCGGGAGAAAGCUGAAGCAUCCAGCUUCCCUUCUGUCAGAACCAGCAAGAGGAAGAGAAGCAACUCUGAAGAUACAGAACUGACUCCCAGGUCCAAGGUCAAGAAGAUGGCUCUUAAAGAUGACAUUAAGAAGGAGACCUCUGAAGUCUCCAAAGAAAGCAAAGAUUUAGAAGUUUCCACAGAAGAGGAGAAGGAUACAGGAGAUAUGAAAGAUGCAUUAAUGUUGAAAACAAAAAGGAAGCAUAAGAAGAAACAUAAAGAGAGACAUAAAAUGGGAGAAGAGGUCAUUCCGCUGCGAGUGCUGUCCAAGAGUGAAUGGAUGGAUUUAAAAAAAGAGUAUUUAGCACUGCAGAAAGCCAGCAUGGCUUCUUUAAAGAAAACAAUAUCACAAAUAAAAUUGGAUUCAGAAAUGGAAACAGAGCAUGGAGUUUCUGUUAAGUCUGAAAUGAAGAAUGAAAAAGUAGCUAACAGUGAAGAACGUGGCCCCCAAGAGAAGGUUCAUGCUCCAGGACCCCAGUUUGUGAGUGGAGUGAUUGUGAAGAUUCUUAGUACUGAGCCUCUUCCUGGCAGGAAGCUUAUCAGGGAUACUUUGGCAGCUGUCUCAGAAGUGGUAUAUGUGGAUUUGCUGGAAGGAGACACAGAAUGUCAUGCUCGAUUUAAGACCCCUGAGGAUGCUCAAGCAAUGAUAAGCGUGCACGAAGAGAUGAAAAAGAAGCAUGGCUGGAAUCUUGAGAUCCUUUCAGGUGAUCAUGAACAGCGCUAUUGGCAGAAGAUCCUGGUAGAUAGGCAAGCCAAACUGAAUCAGCCUCGGGAGAAAAAGAGAGGCACAGAGAAGUUAAUCACCAAAGCAGAGAAGAUUAGACUGGAGAAGUCGCAGCAAGCAAGUAAACACAUUAGAUUUUCUCAAUAUGAUUGAAGAGUUUUGGUUUACCUCUGAAAUUUCA